AUGAAUAGCUCAGAGAUGCAUUGCGCGCCCGACUAUCAUCUUGGACAUGUCGUUUUGGAACACUCCAAAUUACAUGGAGAUACUGUUUGUCAGAUCGAUGCAGCAACAGGCGAUGAAGAGACUUAUUCUUCGGUUGUCUCUCGGUCUAUACGAUUGGCAAGAGCCUUAAGAAACUAUGGACUUAAGCCGGGGGAUGUUGUGGCUAUCGGUGGAAGGAACCAUUUAGAUCUCCACAUACCAGUUUAUUCAGCUCUCUAUGACGGUUUACCCAGUGUUGGUGUUGAUCCCUACUUCAAAUAUGACGAAGUCCGUACUCUAUUUAACUUGACCAAACCUAAAAUAGCGUUUUGUCAGAAUGAACAUGUAGAAGUGUAUAAUAAAGCAGCGAGAGAUCUGGGCUUGGAACUCAAGAUAGUGACUUUUGAUGAUGGGAACUGCACAAUGUCGGAGUUCGUCAACAAAUAUGACACAAACGAACCCUUGGAUGAGUUUCAGGUUGCGAAAAUCGAUGUGGAUAAAGUGAAUGCAUUCCUUGUGAGCACAAGUGGUACUACUGGAAAGGUUAAAGUGGCAGCUUUCAAUCACCAGCCGUUUAUGUUGAAGUGGCUCAAAGUACUUAAAAUGUCGCGAAUGGUUAAGGGUCACAAAGGUACAAUGUUAAUAUCACCAAUACACUGGAUAUCUACGUGCUUCACAAUCUUCUCAACUCCUCUGACAGGUGACACAAAGAUACAAACAUCAAAACCUGAUGAUUUUGAUCACAUAGUGUACAUCAUUAACAAAUAUAAGCCGAGAAACGCUCUAAUGAGUCCAACACUGAUGUCCUACUUGAUGACCAGAAAGGACGUUGACUUGGAGUGCUUCAGAUCAAUCACGGUCACCGGUUCGAAGAUAUAUCCUGAUGUUUUCGAAAAAUUCAAGGCUCUAUUAUCAAAAGAAGCAGUCGCAUCUAUCGCGUAUGGACAAACAGAGAUGCUGGGUCCUAUUCUGCUGCCGAACCCAAAAGGCCCCAGCGGUAAUUGCGGCCAACCUCUGCCCUUCUAUGAUGUUAAGUUAAUAGAUCAGGAAACUGAAACUGAAAUCAAAGAACCUCAUGUGACAGGAGAGAUGUGGGUGAAAGGACCCUGCUUUACGGAAUACUAUCAAGAUCCAGAGGAAACAGCGACGGCUUUUACCCCAGACGGUUAUUUUAAGACCGGAGAUCUUUUAUACAGAGAUGAACAAAAUAAUUACUUCUAUGUAGAAAGAAUAAAAGCUCUCAUUAAGUAUAGGAAUUCACAUGUGAUACCGAUAGAGUUGGAGGAUAUUAUACGCAAACAUCCGAGUGUGAAGGAUGUAUGCGUCAUAGGUGUCAGCGAUCCUAUGGACGGUGAACGGCCGGUGGCUUGUGUUAUAAAACAACAGGGUAUGGAGAUCACGGCUGAGGAGGUCAAGGAUUUGGUAGCCAGUAAAUUAUCUAAAAACAAAGAAUUACGAGGCGGCGUCGUGUUCCUGAACGCAUUCCCACAGACGUCGUCCGGAAAACUUGCGAGGGCGAAACUUUUGAAAGUAGUCAUGAAUUCUAAAAGGGAAUAA